ACAACGAACCCUCGCCGGCCUUGCCAGGAUUUUGGUAGCUUCAGUAAAUCUCACUUCCCCUUGUUCGGGUGCUUUGCAAGUGAGCCGAGCCAUGUUUCCCUUGCUGGUGAAUCUGCUCGCUGUGGCCUUUGCAUCGGAGUCUUGCCCAAGCGGGGCAGACGUCACGAGCUUGUUGACUCAUCAGUCGCCUCGUGUGGCCCUCAGUCGCGGUACACGCCCCUUGUGGAUGAGCGAAGUCUUCACGGACUUCACCUUAAGGGAUCUCGCGUGCCAAGGGAAGCCUUCUGAAGGCUUUACCCGCGAGUGUUGGGGAUCGUCCUUUGAUCGCUUUGACCGGAACGGUGAUGGCAUCAUUUCUGCGGAGGAUGUGCAGGUACUUGAGAGUGAGACCACCAAGAAGAACUUGACACGUGCAGAUGUUCGGGCUGGCAUAGCAGUCGCAUGCCAGUGGUACCCGGAAGAAGCCAUGAAACUCAUCGUUCAUGAGCCUUUGAUCACCGCGCUGGUCUUCGAUGAUACCGGCAUCGAUCAAUUGCCACCGCCUCCUCCACCACCAUUUGUUCUGCCAUCUCAAGGGACUCGAGUCCUUCAAGUGCUUCCAGCAAGCCCAGUGAAUGACACCUCGCUGAUGUUGAUCGAAGCGGAGGACUCUGAGAAGUGUGUUCAGGGCGCAGUCCAGGUGUCCGUAGGCUGUCUUGGACUGGCCUUUGGAAUUCUCGGCCUGGAACUACCCAGUGGCGCGAUUGUGGCUGACAUGGUCACGACCAACCAGAGAGCGUUGAACGCCAUCCUUGAUAUAGUGAGGAAUCUUAAUGGCUUGGAUGAUAUGACCAAAAAUGCCAUGAGCGUCAAGGAUAUCUUGGCUGUUUUGUACAAUGAGGGCAUUUUGUCUGAUCUUGUGAAGGAAUCCUUGAAAGACAUGAACUGGUGGCAGUGGUCAAAGACGGUUGCUCAGAUCUCUAUGACGGUAGCGCUUUGGUUUGUCCCUGGCGCAGGUCAGGCAGGUUUCGUCCUACAGGUAUCCUUAGCCCUUAUGGAUGCCUGGGAUGUUAUCGAGGGGCUGAGAGAUGUGAAAAACUAUUGUGGCCAGGACAACGGAGGGGGUGGCGAGACAGGGAAUCCUGGAGGGAACACCGGAGGGGGUGGCGAGACAGGGAAUCCGGGAGUGAACACCGGUGGCGGUGGCAAGAAAUGGAGACGCAGGGGGCCCGGCCAAAAAGUCCUUCACCAUGUCUCUACUUGCUGGCAAUGCGGUCGCGAAUGGUGCCACACCUUCUGGCAGGAUGAGUUUGGCCUUGCGAACAAACCUGGCUACAAAGUCGGUUCCACCCUGGCAGAAUGGGGAUGCGACAAGGUGCAUUAUGGCACCAAAAGUGUGCAUGACAAAACAACCGGUGACGUUUAUGCCAUGAACGUUUGAGUCGCGCCUGCAGACGGAUGGUGAAGCGCAGCUGUCGGUGAGCAAGAAGCUACUCUUGCUGCGAUGGGAUCAAGGGAAGGCCUGGAUUUUUCACCUUCAUACGAAAGGUGUCAGGUCAUUUUCCUCAUUGCAGCUCUCAUGUAGAGCCGGGGAAAAAAGACCUGCGGUUUCGUUGCGUUGAUUUUUCCAAGGUCCAUGUGCGUUGCAGAUGGUGAUCGACACACAUGAUGGAUAGUCUUCCA